AUGAACAAGCUGCAGAGACUGCUUCAGAGCAGGAUCCUGAUCCUGACAGUAUGUGCUGCUGGGAUUGGAGGCACUUUCCAAUACGGUUACAACAUCUCCAUUAUCAAUGCUCCAACUUCAUACAUCCAGGUGUUCAUGAACAAAACCUGGCAGGAGCGCACGGGAGUUCCCCUGGAGGACAACAUGAUCCUGCUGCUCUGGUCUUUCACCGUCUCUGCGUACCCUCUGGGGGGACUCGCCGGGGCUGUUGUUGCUGGUCCCAUGGCCAUCAUGCUGGGAAGGAAGACGUCCCUGCUGGUUAACAACGUCUUUGUGAUCACAGCUGCCGUCUUGUCGGGAUUCAGCCAAAUGGCCAAAUCCUUUGAAAUGAUAAUGCUCAGCAGAUUCUUUACUGGCGUGAAUGCAGGUGUAAGCAUGAACAUUCAGCCCAUGUAUCUGGCGGAAAGUGCCCCAAAGAAGCUCCGAGGAGCUGUGGCCGUGACCUCCGCAUCUUUUACAGCCCUGGGGUUGGUGCUGGGGCAGGUUGUUGGACUCAGAGAGCUCCUAGGAGGGGAGGAGAGCUGGCCGUUCCUUUUAGCUAGCAAUGCAGUGCCUGCCCUAAUCCAGCUCAUGGCUCUGCCUUGGUUUCCUGAAAGUCCCAGAUACCUCUUGAUUGACCGUGGAGAUAGAGAAUCCUGCAUCUCUGCCCUGCAGAAGCUCAGAGGCAACAGCGACCUGGGAGCAGAGCUGGAAGAGAUGCUGGCUGAACAGGCCGCCACUAAAGGUCAGAGGGCGAAGAAGCCUUGGGAGCUGUUCCAAAACCCAGCUGUGAGGUGGCAGCUGAUGAGCAUCAUCGUGCUGAGCAGCGCCAUGCAGCUCUGCGGGAAUGAUUCGAUGUAUUUUUAUGCAGCUUACGUGUUCCAGGAGGCUGGGAUUCCUCAGGAUAAAAUCCCAUAUGUUGUCAUCGGCACGGGGAGCUGUGAACUGAUCACAUCUGUUACUUGUAACUUGAUUAUAGACUAUGCUGGUCGGAGGCCACUGCUGCUGGGGGGCUAUAUCUUCAUGGCAGGAUGGGCCGUUGUCUUCAUGGUCGCCCUAAGCCAGCAGACUCGGAUCAGCUGGAUGCCCUAUCUCAGCAUGGCCUGCAUUUUCGCCUACAUCCUGAGCUUUGGAAUUGGACCAGCUGGUGUAACAGGAGUUCUGCCCACCGAGGUUUUUGACCAGAUGUCCCGGCCAGCUGCUUACAUGAUCUGUGGCUCCCUGCUCUGGUUCAACCUCUUUCUGGUCGGAACAGCCUUCCCGUUCAUUGUGAAAAGUCUAGCACAUUUCUGCUACAUCCCGUUCCUUGUGGUCUGCAUCUGCACUGCUCUCUACAUCGGGCUCUUCCUCCCUGAGACAAAGGGGAAGUCCUUCCUGGAAAUCUCGGAGGAGUUCAGGAAACGGAACUUCAAAGCUCAGAGCCACGCAGCUUUGUAUAAAGGCCCUGAGGAGAUCAAAUCCACCGUGUUGUAG